CCCCCCCCCCCCCCCCUGUUCUCAUUUCCUCGAACUCCGAGCGGGCGGCUGCGAUUCCCAGCGUCCGAGCACCACGCCUCCGGUCUCCUCCGCGGCGAAGGACCGGCCUUGGGCUGCUACGGCGCCGGAUGAGCGAGCAAGGGGCAAGGCUGUUUCUUGGGCGAGCUGCCUGUCAGUGUAGCGGCGGAGUAGUAGAGGGGCGGGCCCCAUGAGGUUCGGCUCCGGGAGGGUGGAGGACGAGAUGGCGCUCACGAGGCAGAGGACUGUGAGAUUCCAUGAUGAGAGGCCAAAGGCAACCAUACCCAUUCACCAGAAGCAGCAUGGGCUGGCUGUUAGCAGGCUCGGUUUGGGAAGUUCAGGGAAAAACAAGGUCUUUGUGGCAGGAGAUGACUUGUGGUACAACAAGAUUAUUGACCCGUCAAGUGACUUCAUCUUGAUAUGGAUAUACGUCUUCCGUGUCUCAUGCUUCAUUGCUCUGUUCAUGGACCCUCUGUAUUUCUAUGUGCCUGAAAUCGAUUACAAGCAAACCAAUCAUUGUGUCAGGAAGGAUACACGCCUAGCCAUCAUCGUUACUGUAUUCCGAUCAAUUGUCGACCUCUUUUAUGUCAUCCAGAUGAUAAUUAAGUUCAGGACUGCAUACCUUAAUCCAAGCUCAAACUUAGGGGUCUUUGGUCGAGGAGAUCUCAUCACAGAUCCUAAGGAAAUCGCAAAGCAGUACUUGAGAUCUGACUUUGCAGUUGAUUUGGUGGCUUCUUUGCCUUUACCACAGAUCAUUGUUUGGUCUGUGAUACCAGCUAUCAAAUAUUCUUCGUCUGAGCAUGGCAAUGACAUGCUGCUUCUGGUUGCCCUUUUCCAGUAUAUCCUAAGAUUAUACCUCAUCUUUUCCUUGAAUGAUAAAAUAGUCAAAAUUACUGGAGUUUUUGCAAAGACUGCUUGGCAAGGAGCUGCAUACAAUCUGCUGUUAUACAUGAUUGCUAGCCAUGUUUUAGGAGCGCUGUGGUACCUUCUAUCUGUUGAUCGCCAGGUCGCAUGCUGGAAAAGUUUUUGCAAUGAAACUGAUUGCCACACUCGGUAUCUGUAUUGUGAUGUAAAACCAGAUUCAAGUUGGAAUGGGACCGUAGUCUUUUCUAGUUGUGAUGCUAAGAACACUACCAAAUUUGACUUUGGUAUGUUCGAGCCAUUGUUAUCAAACAAAACUCCUAAUGAGAGCUUCCUGAAGAAGUAUAUCUAUUGCCUUUGGUGGGGCUUGCAGAAUCUAAGUUGCUAUGGCCAGACAUUGAGUGUGAGCACCUUUAUUGGUGAGACACUGUAUGCUAUACUCUUGGCAGUGGUUGGUCUAGUCUUGUUUGCGCAUCUGAUUGGAAAAGUUCAGACCUACCUGCAAUCAAUCACCGCUAGGGUUGAGGAGUGGAGGCUAAAACAGAGAGAUACUGAGGAGUGGAUGAGACAUAGGCAACUGCCCCAUGACCUACGGGAAAGAGUGAGAAGAUUUGUUCAUUACAAGUGGCUCGCAACUCGAGGUGUGGACGAAGAAUCUAUAUUGAAUGCCCUACCUACAGAUCUUUGCCGUGACAUCAAGCGACACCUUUGCCUGGAUCUCGUUCGUAGGGUCCCAUUUUUCUCCCAGAUGGACGAUCAACUUCUAGACGCCAUAUGUGAGCGUCUUGUAUCUUCCUUGAGCACAGAGGGCACAUAUAUUGUCCGUGAAGGCGAUCCAGUGACUGAGAUGCUGUUCAUCAUUCGUGGUAAACUGGAAAGCUCCACCACAGAUGGUGGACGGACAGGUUUCUUCAAUUCAAUCACCCUCAAACCUGGUGAUUUCUGUGGCGAAGAGCUCCUCGGAUGGGCUCUCGUUCCCAAGCCUACCGUCAACCUGCCAUUAUCCACACGGACAGUGAGGGCGAUUGUCGAAGUUGAGGCAUUUGCUCUCCAAGCUGAUGAUCUCAAGUUCGUCGCCAGCCAAUUCAGGCGCCUCCACAGCAGGAAGCUGCAGCACACGUUCCGAUACUACUCUCACCACUGGAGGACCUGGGCCGCGUGCUUCAUCCAGCAUGCUUGGCGCCGCCAGAAAAGGAGGAAGAUGGCCAAGGACCUGAGUAUGAGGGAGUCGUUCUCCUCCAUGAGAUCAUUCGAAGGCGACAACUCCCCUGAACAGAAUCAAGCACUUAGGAGAGGAGCCAGCAUCAUCAGAGAGCUACCUAAGUUCAGGAAACCAUCGGAGCCGGAUUUCUCAGCAGAGCAUGAUGACUGACUCAGGGAGAACUGUAUAGCUGAUGCAUUAUUUGUUAUAAGGCAAGAUUGCUGCUUCUGUUGCAAACAAACCCUGAUAGCCACUGGUCCCCUGCAAACAAGCAUUGGUUUCAGGCUGGCUGGUGACUGGUUGUGGAUAAUAGUGCUUGAUAUUGUGGGCUAACCUAUUGUAGUGCAUUUUCACGAGGUGUGCAACCACCGGUUGUUCAUACUGUACAUACAUAUGUAGUUGUGCUUGUGGCAUUGUAUUGUAGGGAUAGGGAUCUCACCUUAGAUUAGAUGAUUGCUUGUAUCGGCUGGCCGAGCAGAUUUUACUUCCCCGGCCAGGGCUCUACCAUUCUUAUUUCUUCCAAGUGUGUAAAUUGCAGCAGGAUGUACUGUUACCUGUUUCUCUUACAUCGGUUUGGUUAUUGAUUCUGUGAAAUUUGUGGUCUGAUUACCAAGACUUUGAUCA